GUGGAAGCUGCUGAAACCAGUACUCCUGUGACUAGGAGUACAACUAGAAGAAUUGCUAAAUCGAUUUGUAAGCCAGAGGUAAUUCAGGAAUCUCAGUCUGAAGAGCUGGAACAUGCAGAAACAAAGUCAGAUGUCAGUGAUGACUCAGAGGUGCAGGUUAGCAGGAAUAAGAAUGCAGCUGUCCGUUCAGCACAAUCAGUUGCUGAACCACAAGCUGAUGGAGAUGUGUCAGAAGCAGAAUCAAACUGCUCUUCUGUGUCUGGUCUCCAGACACCUUUGUAUGUAAGGGUAACAAGAAGGCGACAAAUUUUAGUUCCUUCUCAACUAGAAUCUCCUGACAGAAAAAGACGUGACAAUACAGUGUUUCUAAAUAAGUUAAGCAGGAUUCUGGAUGAAGAUGAUGCUUCUGAAGCAGAAUCUUGUUCCUCUGCUGUUUCUGGUGUCCAGGUGCCUAAUGUUACCAGCACUAAAAGAAGUAGGCAAAGCAAAAGGAAAUUGCAGCCAGGUACAGUUUAUGAAGCCCAGAGUGAAGAUAUUUCUGAUGCAGAAUCAUGUUGCCUAAAUUCCUAUAUGGAACCAUCCAUCACUACCAAACGAGUUACAAGAAGCAUGAAAAUGAAAUCACAAAUAGAAAAUAAUAAGGAGACUGAGAAAAGAAAGAGAAUUGUUUCAGAAGAUGAGAAUUUAAUUGAGGACACUGUUCUAUCUGAGCCUGUAAUAAUCUCUGAUUCUAAGCCUGCUGCAGAACUUGUGUCUGACACAGAAGAUGUCACUGAGGAUAAUACAGAACACAGUCCACUUAAAAGGAAACAUUCUUCCAAAUCUGCUAAUACAACCCGGAGUGAAGAGGUGAAAGAAGAGGUUUUAAAUGAUGUGACACACACCAGUCUUACAAAAAUGAAACAAAGCGACACAAAAUCACCUGUGAAAAAAGCAAUACAAACUACCCAGUCUGUUGAGGCAGAUGAUUCAGAAGCAGCUUGUGGCCAAAUACCCGAAAAUGACAGUAGAAAAGGUGUCAGGGUGGAGGAAUUCAAGUCUAUGUAUAUUUCUCUGACUGACUGCAUGAGUCCCAAACAACGUCUAGAAUCCCAAGGGCAAAUAACACCAAAUGAAAGUGAAAAAAUUCCUGAGCACAGAGGAGCAGAUGCUGAGGCAGAUGCAGAGCAGUCUUUCACCUCUCCUGAUAAAUCAAGAAAGAGUAAGCAGGCUAGUGCAGUGAGCAGCCUGCCCAAGGACAUGGGUGCUGCACAGGGAACUGACAGCAUUGCUAAGAGCAGGAUGCUUGAAAUCAGUGCAGACAGUAGUGAAAAUCAAACAAAAGAAUAUGCUGUAUCCCACAGCAGCAAACGAUCAAGCAGUGGAAAUGAUUCUGUUUCACCGUUGCUCCGAAACAAAGCAAGUGAUGAAUCUGACAGUAGUGAUGUGGCAGACAUAGGUACAGAUGACAAGAAUGUGUGUCAUAAAAAGUCAGAUGAGAGGACUCCUUCCCUCAACAAAUCUUUAAAAAACAGUUCACUGCAUGUUGAAGGUCUUUUUGUAAUUGAUACCAAGCCUGGCAUGAGUUCUAGCCAAAAGUAUUAUCUAGAUGAGGUAGACCAAGACAGUGAUGCUGAAAGUAAGCAUGAAGGAAGUGAAAAAGGUGAAGAAUCCUCAGAUUUGGAAGAGGCUGAAGAGGAAUUGAUAGAUGAAGAUGAAAAAGAUGAAGAUGAUGAUUUCUUGAAAAAUAAGAUUGAUGUUUUACGUCUUUCCAGCAGCAUAGACCCUGGUUUGAAUAUCAAGAAGCUUGGAGGUUUAUAUAUUAGCUUUGAUGCAAAAAAACAGAAGCCUAAAUCAAGUGUAACUGAGCAGCUGAAGGAGAAGAAGAAGGACCAGUUCUUGCAGAGGAGUAUAAUAACUCCAGACUUUGAAAAAAAGGAAUGUGUUCCACCCUUCAGGGAGUCACUUCACCAGCUAAAGAAACAACGCAGGGCUGAGCGAGAGAAAACAACAGGUGAUGGCUGGUUUGGUAUGAAAGCCCCAGAAAUCACAAAUGAACUGAAAAAUGAUCUGAAAGUUUUGAAGAUGAGAGCUUCGUUGGACCCGAAGCAUUUUUAUAAGAAGAAUGAUAGAGAUGGUCUGCCCAAGUACUUCCAGGUUGGAACUGUGGUGGAUUCUCCCAUAGACUUUUACCAUAGUCGGAUCCCUAAGAAGCAAAGGAAGAGAACAAUUGUUGAAGAGCUGCUUGCAGAUUCUGAGUUUAGAAGAUAUAAUAAAAAGAAGUAUCAGGAGAUCAUGAGUGAAAAAGCAGCUUUUGCAGCAGGGAAGAGGAAUCGGAAGAAGAGGAAAUUUCGCAAUUAA